AUGCGCGAGACAGCACGCAUGCGCCGACCGAAACGUCAAAUCUAUUUCCGUGGGACGCUCUCAGUUGUUGGGCGCCUCGCGAGCGACCGCCACGCCAGAAUUGGAACCAGGGAAAACACCAAACAUGCGGUCGAGAGACGUGUGACGUGGACUCCCGCGGAAGGAGGCAGCGAUGCCAGCACGCGUUCUACCCUGACG